AAUUCAGACAUUUCUGCCGCUCUGAGUGAAAACAAUGAAUGUGUCGAUGAUGUGGAGAGUGGAGGGAUACUGUCAGGGUCAGAGCCGCUAUUGACAAGGAGAGCACGAAGAAGGAAAAGCAAAAGUCAAGACAUGACAACCACAAAUUUGCUCCCCCUGAAAUCACCCAGUCAAAGCCAUGCUCCUUAUUGUUGCAAGGCGUGUGGGAAGUAUUUUAAUGUUAAAACUAAUUUGAUUCAACAUGAAAAAACACACAUCAAUGUGAGUAGUACAUCAACUCUGAGAAAGCAUUCUGACAAAAGGUAUCUAAAAUCCCACCAACAAAUCCAAACCUGGGAGAAACCAUGUAGCUGCCAUGUGUGCAGUAAAUGUUUCCUUAUAGAAGAACACCUUCAAAGACAUAUUCAAAUACAUACAGGGGAGAAAUUAUUUCAAUGCCAUAUGUGUGGCACUCACUUUACCCAGAAGGGACACUUUGCAGAGCAUUUCAGGAAGUUACACCCAGAAGAGAAAACCUGCCUCUUAAGGAUCGACCACAAGUUCUCAAUGGGAUUAAGGUCUGGGGAGUUUCCUGGCCAUGGACCCAAAAUGUUGAUGUUUUGUUCCCCGAGCCACUUAGUUAUCACUUUUGCCUUAUGGCAAGGUGCUCCAUCAUGCUGGAAAAGGCAUUGGUCGUCACAAAACUGUUCUUGGAUGGUUGGGAGAAGUUGCUCUCGGAGGAUGUGUUGGUACCAUUCUUUAUUCAUGGCUGUGUUCUUAGGCAGAAUUGUGAAUGAGCCCACUCCCUUGGAUGAGAAGCAACCCCACACAUGAAUGGUCUCAGGAUGCUUUACUGUUGGCAUGACACAGGACUGAUGGUAGCGCUCACCUUGUCUUCUCGGACAAGGUGUUAUCCGGAUGCCCCAAACAAUCGGAAAGGGGAUUCAUCAGAGAAAAUGACUUUACCCCAGUCCUCAGCAGUCCAAUCCCUGUACCUUUUGCAGAAUAUCAGUCUGUCCCUGAUGUUUUUCCUGGAGAGAAGUGGCUUCUUUGCUGCCCUUCUUGACACAAGGCCAUCCUCCAAAAGUAUUCGCCUCACUGUGUGUGCAGAUGCACUCACACCUGCCUGCUGCCAUUUCUGAGCAAGCUCUGCACUGGUGGUGCCCCGAUCCCGCAGCUGAAUCAACUUUAGGAGACGUUCCUGGCGCUUGCUGGACUUUCUUGGGCGCCCUGACGCCUUCUUCACAACAAUUGAACCUCGAAGUUAACUAACCAAAUAUUUUUGUUGCCAUGUUUGUCAUAAAGGCUUCCAUCCAAAUGCACACCUGACAGAGCAUAUGAAGAAGACAAGACACAAGGGUGGAAGUGCUCUAUGAGGGGAACAUAGUUCAGUCCGAAUAUCUGAAGAAACAGUUUAACAAUGUAUGACAUUCCCCUCAUGUCACUUCUGUUAGUUGAAUGAAUUGAAUGUAUUGAUUGAUGUAUGUGGGCAAUUGACAUGUGUUACUGUAUUUCUACACGGUGUCUUCUAUUUGUCACUAUAUCAAUUUAUCACAAAGCAUGGUACAUUUUUACCGUUUUGGCAUAUCAAAGGGUGACAAUAUCAAACAAGGUAACCAUCCAUGGUUGAACUAAAAUGUUGUGAUAUUGAUCGAGAAAUUAUUGAGCGAGAAAAACGCAGCAGUGUUGCAAUUCUUGACACACUCAAACUGGUGCCCCUGGAAUCUACUACCAUACCCCGUUCAAAGGCACUUAAAUAUGUUGUCUUUCAUUCACCCUCCAAAUGGCAUACAGCCACAAACCAUUUCUCAAUUGUCUCAAGGCUUAAAAAUCCUUCUUUAACCUGUCUCCUCCUCUUCAUCUACACUGAUUUAAGUGGAUUUAACAAGUGACAUCGAUAAGGGAUCAUAGCUUUCACCUGAAUUCACCUGGUCAGUCUGUCAUGGAAAGAGCAGGUGUUCCUAAUGUUUUGUACACUCUUAUGCCUGAUCAUGACCUGCCACAGCUAUUUUCAACACCAGUGAGAGACCUUCAACCAGAGUAGUCCUCAAUCCCAACAAGACAAAGAAAAGUGCAGAUUGCAUAAACAACACAAAAGAGAACUCAAUUAGUUAAACAGUUAUGGGGGGGUUGAAUAGCAAUGGGGGGGUUGAACAGCAAUGGGGGAUUGAACAGAAAUGGGGGGGUUGAACAGCAAUGGGGGGGUUGAACAGCUAUGGGGGAGUUGAACAGCAAUGAGGGGAUUGAACAGCAAUGGGGGAGUUGAACAGCUAUGGGGGUUUUGAAGAGCAAUGGGGGGUAGAACAGCUAUGGGGGGGUUGAACAGCAAUGGGGGGGUUGAACAGCAAUGGGGGAUGAACAGCUAUGGGGGGGUUGAACAGCUAUGGGGGGGUUGAACAGCUAUGGGGAGGUUGAACAGCUAUGGGGGGUUGAACAGCAAUGGGGGGGUUGGACAUCUAUGGGGGGGUUGAACAGAAAUGGGGGGGAUUAAACAGCAAUGGGGGAUUGAACAGCAUUGGGGGGUUGAACAGCAAUGGGGGGUUGAACAGCUAUGGGGGGGUUGAACAGAAAUGGGGGGGUUGAACAGCUAUGGGGGUUGAACAGCAAUGGGGGGGGGGGGUUGAACAGCAAUGGGGGGGGUUAAACAGCAAUGGGGAGUUGAACAGCAAUGGGGGGUAGAACAGCUAUGGGGGGAUUGAACAGCAAUGGGGGGGGUUGAACAGCAAUGGGGGGGUUGAACAGCUAUGGGGGGUUGAACAGCUAUGGGUGGGUUGAACAGCAAUGGGGGAGUUGAACAGCAAUUGGGGAUUGAACAGCAAUGCAACAAAGCAAAAGAAAGGGAGAGACAUUCCAAAAAUGAUGAGAGGUCAAACAAAAGCAGAAAGCAAGUGAGCGAACGAUAACACGAAUAGGCACAAUGAGAGAUGUGCAUUGUAGGCCUUAUUUGUUGUAUGGCAACUUCUGGAAUAUGAACUCAUCAUGGCCAGAAAAGGUGAGGAAUGUAUUCUACAAUGGUUAUGAUAUAUGUAUUAUGUUUAUAAAUGAAAUAUUGUCUACUCGAGAAAUUUGACAUUACAGUAUUCAGACGUGCAAUACUUCAACCACUUGAAACUGGUCCUCUGUAGCUCAAUUGUAAAGCCAGGGUAGUGGGUUCGAUCGCCGGGACUACCCAUACGUAAAAAUGUAUGCGCACAUGACUGUAAGUCGCUUUGGAUAAAAGCGUCUGCUAAAUGGCAUAUUAUUAUUAUUAUAAACUGUGCUUAUGCAUGGUCUAAAGUUUGCGGGAGGAUAAGCACAUUCUCACCUCAAGUUCAGUUUUGAUAAAUUCCCACUUUUGCCUUAAACUAGCUCACGCAUGUUUUGUGCGUAUGUAGCGUUUAUAAAUGAGGCCCAUGGAUAGAAAAUGGGUUGUUCAGUCUCAUCCAUAGAUCAGAUCACACAAACCAACAGUGCAGAGGCCUGGCAUGCCUGCACAGUAGGUGGCGGUAAUACAAAUACUUUCAACGUCGUGAAGGCUACGUCACUGACUCAAAGGGAGCAAAUAUACUGCCAUUGGAGGAAACCCUUAUCGCGUCUCUGUAUGAUAUAUAUCUAACUGUAUCGGACAUAAGAGGACAACUGCUUCUUAAGAAAAUGUCUAGACUACAGUUGUUACAACUAUUUGUCAGUGAGCGGCUAAGAGCGGUGGCUACUGAAAUAUUUGGGGCCGUGGAAAAAACAAUAACGGAAUACCAGGAAGAAAUCUCCCGUUCAAAGGAGGACAACGAUCGUUUACGAGCGCUGUUCGAUAUCGCUUUCCAUCCUCAGUUACCGAAAGCAGGUUUGCAGUUGACUGAUUUUAUUUUACUAAAGACACAUUCCGUCUGUCUAUGUCUGAUGUGCCUUCCAAAGGGCCUAACAAAACACCAAUGUAUUCCAUUCACAUUAGGAUGUGAAAUGUCACUUAGGAUUGCUAUGGCAGUGACAUUUUUUAUUUUUAAAGCUAUACAUCAAGUCUCAUACACAAAAACAAAUAUUUAUUUUUGUAACGAUUUGGUCACAAAAAUCAAGCGAUAUUUCAAUAGAAAUUACCAAUAAGCAUCUGGAAAUGUUACACAUAAGAAAUUUACAUAAUUGCUUUUAAACAAGUGUCAGGGCAUAAUUUAUAGUCUAAUUAUAUUUCGAUUGUAUGUCGCAUGUCAGCAAAUGCGAGUUAGCUAUGUUUUUGUUCUUCCCUCCAGACCCACAGCAUCUCACUCUCUCUGAAGAGGUUCUCCCUGAGCAGGAGUGGAGCCCCAGUCUGGACCAGGAGGACCCAGAGCCCACACAGAUUAAAGAGGAACCAGAGGAGUUUGGGACCAGUCAGAGGGAGGAGUUAAUAAGCAAAGACUGCAUUUUGAAGGACUGUAAUCAGAAACCACCUGAGCCACAUCUUUACCACAUUCAAAUAGUGGAGAACAGAGAGAGGGACUCACUAUCGAUCAACACAACGGGAGAGAUCAAAACAGAACCUGGUGAAGAGUGUUAUGGUGUGUCUCACUGGGAACCAACCAGUGACUCUCAGUCCCUCUCUGCAGUAAAUCCUGACAGUUCUGCAGCUCAGACUGAAAACAGUGAAAGUGACGAUGGGGUGGACAGUGGAGGACUACCAUCAGGGCUACAACCAUUACAAUCAAACAGCACCCAAACCACUUCUAAAGAUAAUAAGACGUUUCCAUGCCGUACAAAAUCACGCCGCCAAAGAC